UGCUGCGGGCCGAGUUUCCGGCCGGACGUAUGCUCCUUCCUCCCGGGGAACCAGCUCUUCCGCUCCCAGAGUUCCCGCCCACAAUUCAAGUUGGAAAAAUGGAGGGGGCUGAGUUGGUGGCCCUUUCUCCUCCACGGGACGUGGAGAGAGUGGCCGGGACAGACGAUGGAGCCUCGGUCCUUGCCACCUCCCGAAAAGACUUCCGGGUGCGCUGCACCUCGAAGCGGGCCGUGACGGAAAUGCUAGAACUGUGCGGCUGCUUCGUGCAAAAGCUGGGGGACGCGCUGCCAGAGGAGAUUCGGGAGCCCGUGCUGCGAGAUGCGCAGUGGACUUUUGAAUCAGCUGUGCAAGAGAAUGUCAGCAUUAAUGGGCAAACAUGGCAGGAAGCUUCAGACAAUUACUUUAUGGAUUCUGAUAUCAAAGUCCUUGAAGACCAGUUUGAUGAAAUCAUAGUCGAUAUAGCCACAAAACGUAAGCAGUAUCCCAGAAAGAUCCUUGAAUGUGUCAUCAAAAUCAUAAAAGCAAAACAAGAAAUUCUGAAGCAAUACCACCCUGUUGUACAUUCAUUGGACCUAAAAUAUGACCCUGAUCCAGCCCCUCGUAUGGAAAACUUGAAAUGCAGAGGAGAAACAAUAGCUAAGGAGAUCAGUGAAGCCAUGAAGUCCUUACCUGCAUUAAUUGAACAAGGAGAUGGAUUUUCCCAAGUUUUAAAGAUGCAGCCUGUUAUCCAGCUCCAGAGAGUCCACCAAGAAGUGUUUUCCGGUUGUUGUAGGAAACCAGAUGUUAAACCUGAGAGCUUUAUAGCACAAAUAGAAACCACACCAGCAGAGACUUCUGCUAGGAAAGACACUGACUUGGUACUGAGAAGAAAGCGAACUGAAGACUGCCCCCAGAGAAAAUGGUAUCCACUGCGGCCAAAGAGAAUCAGUCUUGACACAUAAACUCUUUUUGUUUAUCUUGGGAGUUGAGAUUAGGCACUAUCAACAUUUAGAUUCCAGCUUAAUGCCCAGACCGGACUUCAUUUAAAACAACAGAUAAGUAGUGAUUCUUUUACACAAAUAUAGUAGCUCUGUGCUGGGGUAUGAUGUAAUAUUGUAUUUCUUUCCUCACCUUUGCAUUGAUAGUCAGUGAAAAGCGUAUUGUUUUAAUAUUGGCACACAGCCUGUCAAUGGUCAUUAAGAGUGCAAACUUUUACUGUCCUUGAAUACCAUCAACACUUGGCUGCCUUACAGCUUUUAUGGAAUUUCAGAAGUAACAUAUUCCAUUGGGUUUCCUGGAUAUACAUCUUUCUUUUAAAAAAAGAGCUGUGUGACAGUUGUCGUUAUUUAAGGGCUGAAAGUCAUCAUCAGUUCUGCACAGGAGCCGAUGCAGUCCUCCCCCACCCCUGCAAAGCAGUUUGAUUUAUCAAAUUAGCGUGCAGGCGACAAGACUGGCUCUGACUUUGUUACUCUAAGUUCUGCUAAUUUAGAUUUGUGGGAUUAAUUUUAGGAUUUUUUUGGUUUUGUUUUGUAAGAUAAAGAAGAUGAUUAUUUGUGUACAAAUUUCUCUUAGAAAUAAAAAUUGGCACGUAGCCAAUGUUUCUUACCCACACUUUUGUUUUCCAUAGAUCUCUUAACUUUUAAACAUAAUUUGACUUGGAACUAAUAGUUUCGUUUCAGGAUUUCUCAUUAUUUCUUUGUAAAUGACUCCAGGUCAAAAAUAUAUAUCAGAUUAAUACAUUAAACAAAUUGUCAUUGUGGAACAAAUAUAGGUGCAAUCAUACUGAACUAUUUUACAUUUAAGAAUGUUUAUAUAUCAAGUAUAUAAUCAUGGGUAGAAGUCUGAGAAAGCUAUAUUGCCUAUACUUCUAACAUUAACUGAAGUUUCUUAUCUCUUAUUGUGUCUCUUACAUUGAUACAAUGUAGGCAGGGUCAUCUAAUUUGCCAGCUGUUUCCCUAUUAAUGACUGAAUACCUUCAUUCCUUUGCAGAGGAAUUUACUAAUCAGGAGGCUGGAAAAUCCGUACUUCUCUUGUUCAUUAUGUCUUAAUAAUCAUAAAAGUCUAAAUGUGACAGAAAAUCUGUCUCAGUGAAGAAAACUUACAAAACUACUUUAUUGCAUUCUGUAUUUGAAUGUUACAACUUGAGAUCUGUAUAUUUGUACACAGCAGUGUGUUUUUUAUUAAAAUAAUGUACAAAGAC